UAACUGCAAGACCAUAACCUGUCGAUAUAUCCUGCCGGUCUUCCCUAGUAAACAGCUCCGAUUUUCAUGGCUCCUCCGAGCCUGACCAAGAACGCCGUGGAAGUAACGCCGCUCGUUGCUUCCGAAACGAAACCGUGGAUUGCCCUCGAAGGCUCGACCUUCGUUGCGAAUGGCCACCCGAUACUCACCCAAGUCCCCUGCAACAUAGUGGCCACCGGACCUGAGAAAGCCGCGGCGGCGGCAUGCUUCGUGGGGUUCGACGCUGCCGAGCCGAGGUGCCACCACGUGGCUCCGGUGGGAAGGCUGAGGGGCGUAAGGUUCAUGAGCAUCUUCAGGUUCAAGGUGUGGUGGACCACCCACUGGCUCGGGACGACGGGGGGAGACGUGGAGCACGAGACGCAGAUGAUGGUGCUGGACAAAAACGACGUCGGUCGUCCCUACGUUCUGCUACUUCCGCUCAUCGACGGAGCCUUCAGGGCCUCUCUCCAGCCUGGGGUUGACGACUACGUGGAUGUUUGCGUGGAAAGUGGCUCCUCCAAGGUGUGCAGUUCAAGCUUCAGGACGUGCUUGUACAUGCAUGUCGGGGAUGACCCUUAUGUUCUAAUCAAGGAAGCAAUGAGAGAAAUCAGGAUCCACCUAGGGACCUUCAAGCUCCUGGAAGAGAAAGACCCGCCGGGUAUCGUGGACAAGUUCGGUUGGUGCACUUGGGAUGGGUUCUAUCUCAAGGUCCACCCGAGCGGUGUGCGCAAAGGGGUCAAGUCCCUCGUGGAGGGUGGGUGCCCGCCGGGCCUGGUCCUCAUAGACGACGGCUGGCAGUCGAUCUGUCAUGAUGAUGACCCGAUCACAGAUCAGGAAGGCGUCAAUAGGACGGCCGCCGGCGAGCAAAUGCCGUGCAGGCUCAUAAGGUUCGAGGAAAAUUACAAGUUCAGGGACUACCGAAGCUCCAAGGCAGUGCAUGAGAAGGGCAUGGGCGCUUUUGUGAGGGACCUUAAGGAGGAGUUUGGGACUGUAGAGCAUGUGUAUGUGUGGCACGCAUUGUGCGGGUAUUGGGGCGGGGUCCGACCUGAUACCCCGGGUAUGCCUGAAUCACAGGUCGUGACUCCGGAGUUGUCGCCAGGCUUGAAGAUGACGAUGGAGGAUUUGGCUGUCGAUAAGAUUGUGAACAACGGGAUUGGAUUGGUGCCGCCCGAGAUGGUGCACGAGAUGUACGAUGGGCUCCAUUCGCACCUUCGAUCGGCGGGGAUAGACGGCGUCAAGAUUGAUGUGAUUCAUUUACUUGAGAUGUUAGCUGAGGAUUUUGGUGGUCGGGUGGAGCUCGGGAAAGCUUAUUACAAAGCGCUGACCGCUUCCGUAAGGAAGAAUUUCAAAGGGAACAGCGUCAUUGCGAGCAUGGAGCAUUGCAAUGACUUCAUGUUCUUGGGGACAGAGACGAUCUCUCUCGGACGUGUUGGCGACGAUUUCUGGUGCACCGGCCCUUCUGGCGAUCCGAUAGCAUCCUUUUGGCUCCAAGGGUGCCAUAUGGUGCAUUGCGCCUACAAUAGCCUGUGGAUAGGGAACUUCAUACACCCUGACUGGGACAUGUUCCAAUCCACUCACCCUUGUGCCGAUUUCCAUGCCGCUUCUCGGGCCAUCUCUGGAGGACCCGUAUACGUGAGUGAUCAUGUGGGACAGCACAACUUCAAGUUGCUGAGAAGCCUGGUUUUGCCUGAUGGGUCCAUCUUGAGAUGCCAGUACCAUGCGCUUCCAACCCGAGACCGCCUCUUCGAUGACCCGGUGCACGACGGGAAGACCAUGCUCAAGGUUUGGAAUGUUAACAAAUAUUCAGGUGUUGUAGGACUCUUCAACUGUCAAGGAGGGGGAUGGUGCCGCCGAGCACGGACCAAUAAGUCUCACUCGGAGUUCUCAAAGAAGAUAACUUGCACCGCAAGUCCCAAGGAUGUAGAAUGGAAGAAUGCAAAUCCGCCAAUGUCAGUCCAAGACGUGGAUGUCUUCGCCAUGUUCUUGUUCCAGCAAAAGAGGCUUGAGCUCCUAAAGCCCUCAGGGAAGCUGGAGUUCACUCUCCAGCCAUUCGACUAUGAGCUCCUAACGGUUUCUCCGGUGACCGUCCUCCCUACGAAACCCAUCCAAUUUGCACCCAUCGGGCUGGUGGACAUGUUCAACACCGGCGGGGCUGUUCAGUCAAUGGAGUUCUCCAGAGGAGAGAGCUCGGUGAGAGUCGGAGUGAGAGGGUGCGGCGAGAUGAGGGUGUUUGCAUCAGAAAGGCCAAAGGCUUGCAAGAUGGAUGGUGUGGAUGUGAAGUUUUGCUAUGGACUGGACAUGAUGGUCUCCAUUCAAGUCCCAUGGCCAGGUUCUUCCAAAUUGACUCUGAUUGAGUACUCAUUUUGA